AACCCUCACACAAAUUGUCCGACUCUCACACUUUCAGCCCUCACGCAACAAUUCGACAGUGAACAAAUAGAUCAUGCUCCUACAGUCAAUGCGGCCCCCACAUACAUUCGCAACACCGAAACUGAUGGUACAUAUCCUAUCAACCAUCAUCUUUCAUCAUGUAAUAAUUCAUGAGAUAUAAAUAAUGAUGUAUAGUGUUGUAGGUGCAUACCUAAGCAGAACCUUCGGUGAUGGUGCUGUAGAUGGCGACCUGAUCGAAGGUACAAUAGCGGAUAAUGGAGUGGACGGGCAAAGUCAUGAGUCCAGAGCAGCGCCUGGGAGGAGAGAGCGAGCUUGCAAGGGUGGUGUGGUGGCAAAGAUGCGUCAACAGAAAAUUGUGAAGCAAAAAAAAUGUACGCAGGUAGCGCAUGGUGAAAGGAAUGUUCUACGCGAUCGACGUAAUGAAAAGUUUGCAGGUAGGGUGAUGACCCCAACUGUCAGGUCCAUCUCCAUUCCGAAAAUGAGCUCAACUGGACAACCUACCGUAGUGGAAGCACAUGGUGCCUCGACCUCAUCUAGCACGCCGGAGUACACGAUCAGAAGUGAAGGUAAAACUCCCAUCCUUACUCUCCUUGCGUCCCUUGAGACUGAACCCUCAUUUAUUGGUUUCGCACCUGAGCAGACGACAUGGACGCUUACCUUAGUCGUCUCAUGAAUGAUAAUGUCAACCCUGAUAGCCUCUUUGACGACGAGUAUUACCUGUUUGCUGGUGAAGGCUCAGAUCCUGAUGACGUGGAACACGACGAAUUGGAAGACUCAAGACACAAUACCUAUGUCGACCAUGAUCCAUUGGACUAUGUCUACUCAAACCUCCCAGACCACACACACAUCUUGAAGCACGCCGCAAAUUGCGAUCACUGCAAGGCCAAGAAGUUUGUGUCUGAGGCCCCGGGAUUCUGCUGUCGUAGUGGGCAGAUCCAGCUGAAGCAACCGGAGCCCGUCCCGGAGCACGACAUGGACGCUUACCUGAGUCGUCUCAUGAAUGAUAAUGUCAACCCUGAUAGUCUCUUUGAUGACGAGUAUUACCUGUUUGCUGGUGAAGGCUCAGAUCCUGAUGACGUGGAACACGACGAAUUGGAAGACUCAAGACACAAUACCUAUGUCGACCAUGAUCCAUUGGACUAUGUCUACUCAAACCUCCCAGACCACACACACAUCUUGAAGCACGCCGCAAAUUGCGAUCACUGCAAGGCCAAGAAGUUUGUGUCUGAGGCCCCGGGAUUCUGCUGUCGUAGUGGGCAGAUCCAGCUGAAGCAACCGGAGCCCGUCCCGGAGCUAAUGAGGCUUUGGUCUAGCAUGGAUUCGGACUCAAGGCAUUUUCGGGAUAACAUACGAUUCUUCAACGGCCACUUCUCCUUCACAACCCUCGGCGUCAGCCUUGAUGAAAGCUACACAAACAUGAAGUCUGGGGUGUACACGUUCCGGGCGCACGGCACCAUCUACCACAACGUUCAUUCCUUUGGGCCAACAUCACGUCCAGAUCAUCUACAGUUGUACUUCUACGACGACGAUCCAGGCCUAACCCAUCGCAAGGCUGCCACCGAGCAAUUAGACCAAGAUGUCGUCAAAAAGUUAGUGGACAUACUCAGGGAAAACCCGUACUCCCAGCAGUUUAGGAGUUUGGGUGCGCACAGGGACAACCUCGACGAUUACAGGAUAGACCUCAACACUGACCAGAGACUAGAGCAACGGAAGUAUAAUAGUCCUCUGUCAUCUGAGGUCGCUGCAAUUUGGGUGGAGGGCACUGACCUAGCAAAGAGGUUCGAUCGUAGGAUUACACUUUGCGGGAAUGACAACCAGAGGCACAGUAUACAUGUGACGGCUGGCUCGUAUGACCCUCUCUCUUACCCACUCUUCUACCCAAGGGGGGAGCUCGGUUGGCACCCGAAACUUCCUAAACGUGAUGUCCCUUGGCCGGUUGUAAAACAACCAAGAGGUAGAGGUGAUGAUGAUGAUGAUGAGGAUGCAGAGGGGAAUAGCAGGUUAUGCGUCUCGGUGAGAGACUACUACUGUUACAUGCUCCAGACACGACCUGGGAUAUUCAAUCCCAUACUCUGUGGAGCACGAUUGCUCCAGCAAUGGGGGGUGGACAUGUACAUCAAGAUUGAGAGUUGUAGGUUGAAAUGGUACAGGAAGAACCAAACAAAGAUCCGUGCCGACCUGUAUAAAGGAGUUGUUGAUGCAAUUACAUCCGGGGAGACCCGGGCAAGCGCUGUUGGAGUAAGGAUAGUGCUACCUGGAACGUACCCAGGUGGCGACCGCGACAUGAAGCGGAGGCAUAUGGAUGCCAUGGCAAUUGUCCAUACUUACGGGAAGCCUGACAUCUUCUUGACCAUGACCUGCAACCCUAACUGGGAAGAGAUAACGAAUGAGUUGUUUCCUGGUCAGACAGUGCAAGACCGACCUGAUCUUGUGGCUCGUGUGUUCCAUGGCAAGCUAGAGGCUAUGAAAGAGAUGUUGUUCAAGAAGAAUAUCCUGGGUGUCGUUGUUGCACAUGUAUACGUAGUCGAGUUCCAAAAGAGGGGCCUCCCCCACGCACACUUUUUGUUGAUCAUGGAUUCUGCCUAUAAGCUUGUCGUUCCAGAGCAGUACGACCGACUCAUUUCUGCCGAGCUCCCAGACAAGCAAAAGUAUCCUGAACUCUACGCCUUGGUGGUGAAACAUAUGAUGCAUGGACCAUGCGGUGCUCUCAACCCCAAAAAUGUUUGCAUGCAACAGAACGAGUGCAAGUGCAGAUACCCGCGUUCGUUCAAUGAAAACACGGCACAGGGCAAGGACUCAUACCCUGUUUAUCGUCGUCGAGAUAAUGGUCGGCAGGCUAAGGUCCGGGGUAAAAUGUUGGACAACAGAUGGGUUGUGCCGUAUAACCCUUACCUGCUGCAGAUGUUCAAUUGCCACAUAAACGUUGAGGUUUGCUCCAGCAUAAAGGCCGUCAAAUACCUUUACAAGUACAUAUACAAGGGCCAUGAUAGGGCUUCUUUCAGCAUCGACCAACCUGACGCUGAUGGUAACAUUGAUGAGAUCAAAAGAUACAUAGACGCGAGGUGGGUUACUCCUCCAGAGGCGAUGUGGAGGAUAUUUGGCUUCCCCUUGUGUGCCAAUGACCCGUCUGUCCUACAGUUGCCUCUUCAUCUCCCGAAUAUGCACAGGGUGGCAUUCAAUGAGCAAGCUGACUUGACCGACGUAGUCGCCUCUGAGAAAGCUUCCAAAUCCAUGUUGACAGAGUAUUUCAAAGCUAACCAAAACCACCCGUGGGCUAGGAAUAUAUUGUACAAGGAUUUUCCUGGAAGGUUUACAUGGCAGAAGGGUAAGAAGUAUUGGAAAGAGCGGGUGGAGCGUUAUCAGAUAGGUCGAAUUGUGUCUGCCAAUCCUGCCGAGGGGGAGCGAUACUAUCUGCGUGUGCUGCUAAACCAUGUUGCUGGCAAGACAUCCUAUGAGGACCUGCUCACCGUGGACGGUAGGCUAUGCGGGAGCUUUAGAGAGGCUGCCGAAAGGUUGGGACUCAUCGAGGCAGAUAACACGCUCGACGACUGUCUUACCGAGGCAGAGCAGUGGGCGAUGCCAUGUUCGCUCAGGAGGCUCUUCGCAACAAUUUUGGUGCACUGUGAGCCAGGCGACGUGCGUGGUUUAUGGGAUAGGCACCUCGAGCCUAUGUCUGAUGACUAUCGGCGAUCACACACGUGCCCGAUUGAGGUGGAACAGAUGGUGUUGCUUGACAUUAGGGGUAUGUUGCAGUCCAUGGGCAAAGACAUAGCUGAUUUCUCUCUUCCAUGCAUUAACGAUGCAUUCGACCCAACCGAGGGAGAGGCCAGAGAAGUGAUCGAGGAAUCCAACGUCGAUUUUGACAUCAACGACACUAAAUUGGCUUCGUCGCUAAACUUGGAGCAGAGGGUUGCAUACGACGAGAUACUAGCUUCUGUUGAACGCGCUGAUGGGGGUGUGUUCUUUGUUGAUGGACCGGGAGGUACAGGGAAGACCUUCCUGUACAGGGCGCUGCUCGCCAAGGUUCGAAGCGAGGGAAACAUCGCUAUCGCUACCGCGACGUCAGGCGUCGCCGCUUCUAUCAUGCCUGGAGGCAGGACUGCCCACUCGAGGUUCAAGAUCCCAUUGAGCUGCGACGAUGGCGCCUCAUGUACCUUCACGAAACAGAGUGGUACCGCCAAGCUACUGAGGAUGGCCUCAUUGAUACUAUGGGACGAGGCCACCGUGACUAAGCGACAGGCGGUCGAGGCACUUGACAACAGCAUGCGCGACAUCAUGGGAAGACGGGACCGACUCUUUGGAGGAAAAACUGUUGUGUUUGGCGGGGACUUCAGGCAGGUGCUUCGGGUCGUCAGGAGGGGGUCCCGGGGUCAGAUAAUCGAUGCAACCCUUCGAAGUUCACACCUCUGGAAGGGUAUGCGCCAGCUAAGGCUCGUCACCAACAUGAGGGCUCAUAAUGACACCUGGUUUGCGGAUUACUUGCUAAGGGUAGGCAAUGGCACUGAGGAAGUUGACGAUCAAGGAAACAUACGACUCCCUGAAGAUAUUUGUGUGCCGUCUACAGGCGAGGGUGAUGACCUGGAGAAGCUGAUUGACCAUGUGUUUCCCAGACUAGAUGACAACAUGUCCGAUCCGAAUUACAUGACUUCACGCGCAAUCCUCUCCACCACGAACGACAACGUCGACAAGAUAAACAUACGCAUGGUAGAGCGUUUUCGGGGAGAAGAAGUAAUCUACCAUAGCUUCGACAGUGCAGAAGACGACCCGUAUGGCUACUACGCUCCCGAGUUCCUAAAUGGAUUGACUCCCAACGGUCUGCCUCCGCAUGCACUCAAACUGAAGCUCAACUGCCCCGUCAUACUUCUGAGGAACAUUGAUCCGGCUAAUGGUCUGUGUAACGGGACAAGGCUUGUGGUGCGAGGUUUCGAGAGGAACGCCAUCGACGCAGAAAUCGUGAUCGGACAACACGCAGUUCAAGAGGAAGCAAUUUCCUGUAAGGCUUAG